AUGAAAAGGACAUUUGAUGCACCCGUACACCAGGAACUUUUGGUGAUGAGAUGGGCCCUCAAAAAAAAUGCGUGUGAGAUAUUGAAUCAGGUUUCAUUCUCUCAUUUACAGAUGGCCAGGGUCCAGAAAAAAACAACGGAGUCCACUAGGCGACAUGCAUUCAGCUCUUUCAAGGAAAGGGUGGACUCCAUAAAGAUUGAGCCUAGUCGGAAACUCAACAUUAGAGCACACGAUUAUGUGGAAACUUCCCAUUUCUUGGUCACGUUAGAACAUUGGAAGGAAGUCAAUCUCAGUGGCAAUUUCUCUGAAUUUGUUCAGGAGGUGGAGCCUUGGUGCCAAACAUUGCCUCAAAUCUUGCAUCAUCAAUCAAACAUCUAUGAAGCUUUACAUCAACACAUUGAAAAAAAUGACAUACAUUCUAUGCAACCAUUGCUCGAACUUAUGUCUCAAUUCAUUCACGAUUUGGGUCCAGAUUUUAUGCCCUUCUAUAUAAGAUACCUAAACCUCAUCGUUAAACUUGCCCAAGAAACAAAUCCCAAUGACUCCCAGAAUAUGAAGAAUACUUCCAAUGUGUUGGAAUGGUGUUUCAACUCUUUGGCAUUUGCAUUUAAGUAUUUAUCCAGAUCAUUGGUCAAGGACCUUAUCCCCACUUUGACAGAGCUAAUUCCGGUCUUACUGAUGACCAAGAAGACAUACGUAUCGCGGUUCUGCGGUGAGGCGUUAUCGUUUUUGGUCAAGAAACAGAAAGUCGAGGAUUUAAAAAUGACAGUUCAAUUCGCAUUCACUUCCCAAGCUCAUCUUCUUGAAGAAAAUUCGUUCUAUAGGAGCUCUUUGGUUGUUCUUUUCAGUGAAUCCAUGAAAAAUACGAAAGACACUUUCCAUUCUAAAGCAACGCUCAUUCUUUCCGUUUUAGUGGAAAAUGCGCUUGAGUUCAGCCAACAAAGCGAAGCCUUCGUUUCUAUUAUUUGUGAUAUUUUAUUGGAAGUCUUACAUCAUGGAAAUGAGUCGGAAUGUGCUAGAUUUUACCUGAAUAUUAUCGACUACCUUGCCAAAAUAGUCCAGUCUUCCGAAAACGGAAAAAUUCUUGUUUUCGCUCCUCAAAUUCUCAUUGCAUUGUGCUUCGCAGACUCAGGUAGGAAGGUUUCAUCGUGGCCUGACGUUUUCGGUUUAGUGAAGAUUUUCAUUCAGGAGGUAGAGACAAAACUGCUGGAUGAUGAAAUUCUCCAUUUAUCAGUUAUCACUGCAUUGAUCCAUUUAUUUGCCAUAAUUAUAAGAAAUUGUGACCUUCAAGAGCUUACCAAGUAUUUUGAAACACUCAAAAAUGCUUUAUUGGACAUCGACGGUGGUAAAUACUUCUUAAGUUUUAUUGAGUCGUCGAUGAUAAUGGCUCCCGAGAAAAUGUCGGCAUUCAAUGUUAACAAACUCGUUCAGUCUUAUGCCAAUAAAAUUACUUCAGAAGAUGAUCUUAUGAGAUUGUCUUUGGCGCAAAUGAAAUUGACUAAAGAGCAUAGUGAAAUGAAGCAGAAUUUAUCGAUGCCUUCAUCCAUAAAACAAUCUGUCAUUAAGCUGUUUAAAAAUGAUUUAAAGCACUUGGAAGAUGAAACUUUAUUAAACUUGUACUGGAAAUGCCAAAUCAUGCAAUACAUGUGCGAUUUCAAAGAAGUCGAUGGCGAGGUUUUUCUCAAAGCUUUGCGAGCCAUCACAUCUGCGAAACUUGGAAACUCCAAAUUUCUGCAUGAUAUCAUUGGAAUGUUAUUAAGGGCUAUCAUUCAGGCAACGAAUGGCGAUUCCGCUCUUGUAAAUGACACUUUGGGAAUUCGCUAUCGAAAAAUUGUCUGA